UGUUAUCGCAACGAGGGAUCAUCACCCUCGGUUUGCCGAUUUUUCUUGCCUUACUAUGUUAUCCCUUACCGGCAAGAACACGUCGCGUCGCACCCCUCAUCGAGGACGACUGGGCACGACGACCACAUCGAGCGGCCGAUUUCCACGGGAACGCGUCAACCUAACCUAACCUGUCGAUGCAACGACACCUGUUUUCGUGCGUUAUCACGCCACUCCUCAAGGACGUUCCCGUGUAUACCACACUCACGCGUACAGUGACAGCAGCAGACUUCGUGGUCGAACGCCGAGCAGCCAUGAACGAACUAGUGCCCGAUACAACAAGCCCGAUGUCUCUCGUAAACGAUCACGAACUCAUACGAUCCCCGCGCACGUUCCCUGACGACGAUCGAUCAUCAGGAUCACCGUACACUGAUAGCAGAGCGCCAUGGUGACAAGGAGGGUUUCGACAACUCGUCAAGAUUAACACCCGAAACGAUCGUUAUCGACUGCUCCCACGAUUACACCUUAAGUCCCAAAAUCCAUAAAGUAGGGUGACUCCAGUGUAUGAAAAGAUUCCGACAGAUGUCAAUGCACACUGAUUUUAACACGAAUAUCCGUUCCCUGCAGUCGUUUCUUAAGGUAUUCAUUUACUUAACCUUAUUUUACCAUAGCUUUACUCGACACAAGGUACCAAUGCGAUUACGGCUCGAGCCUAUCCCCCUUGUAUACACCGCAUUCAUCCCUAACCUCAAACCAUACUGAAAUCUACACGACACAGGAAGCCGACGUCUAUUAUGCGUAUCUAGGCACUAAAAACAGGUAUCAAUGAACGAGUUCUUAGCGAUGGCGACCCGUGAAAUUUCUUACGUGCACGAAACCCACGCGAGUCAAUCAGUCUCCACGUUCCGUCACCGUGUCCCAUGAGGACGCCGCGCGCACAGGCAGAACUGCUCGUCGAAGCGGCCUACCCGAAAGCACGUGGUACCCGACGAGUGCCAGUUACCUCCACCGUACGGAUAGGUAAACGCACCCGCGUACGUACAUCCCAGGAAGGUCGUAGCCGUUGGUAUUACCCGUUAGCGCCGGCAGUACUGAUAAACGCUACGUAAUGGCAGAGAAGCGCGCGAGCCUAAUCGUCUAACAGGUUUUUUGCAUUAGCGCCGUGGGAUUCUCGUCGGUCGUUAUGUCAGGGCUGCCCCUUCCGCCGGCGCCACUGUCGACGACGGUCGCGUGCGCCGUGCUUCCUUUUUUUUCACUCGACUACGGGCUACUCCUUGUUUCACUCUCUGACAUUCGGUCCUCCUCCUACUGCCACUACCUACUGCGGAGGCCGACGUUGCGCCGCUUCACGUAUACACAACUGCCUAUACACUCCGUCUCUCUGUAUACACUCUGCUCGAGGACUGUCCCUCCGCGCGUCUCCUUCGCCUAACGUCUCCACCUGGGGGUACGUGAUUAUACACUCGGAGCGUUAACAACGGACGACGAGCGUGUCUCGGGUAACCUAGAUUACUGUGUUUUUUUUCUUUCUUUCACGCUGCCGGAAGCGAGUAUCGGGUAGGUCAGUGCCGGAAGACAUUCCAGUGUGCAUUAACAUCGGUAUAUCUAACGCGCGUUAACGCUGGCUCUGCGAGUCGGCGAAUCAGGCUUCAACAGUCCGUUCCUGUCGUAUCGUGUUUCUUUCUGUAUACACGCUGCGCGUUAUAACUGCACGAGAGAAGGAGACGGAGACGAAGUGGGCGGAUACGAGAAUUUACUACGAGGAAGUGUACGCAGUAAAAAGAAUGCACCUUCGGCAAGCAGAUACGAGAGCUUGGAUCGACCUGGUUCGCCGAUCUGGGACCUCCCUUCGGUGUUAUGUACUGCAUCAAGUGCGAGUGCAUCCCGAUACAGAAGAAAAGACGUAUCGUCGCCAGGGUACAGUGUCGCAAUAUUAAAAACGAAUGUCCCAAGCCUAAUUGCGAGGAACCCGUACUGCUACCGGGAAGAUGCUGUAAAUCAUGUCCUGGUGAUUUCAGCACGGAGCUCGUUCAGGAUCUACCUGCGCAGCUAACGACGGAUGAGGAGGAACGCAGCCUGAAACACUUCGCCACUUUGCUCUCCGGUCGCACCUCGCUUCCUCUACGUCGGGACGACCUGACGCCCUCCUCGACUUUCAACAAUGCUUACAAUUACCUGGCCACUGGUCGCUUCACCUUUCACCGAAAGAAUCUCUAUUAUUCGUUCUAUCUGUCGGCGUCCACACCCAGACCCAGAAGUCUGCAGUUCGUGGACACUUCCGGCAGCAUCCUCGAGGAGCAGACCAUCAAUCCCGUCGGCGGUGUGUAUCAGAAUGCCACGGGGAAAUUGUGUGGUGUAUGGAGGAGAGUGCCGAGGGACUAUAGAAAGCUUCUUCGGGAGGAGCGACUCCACGUGGCUCUCAGCUGGGAACCUUCGGCUACCCUGACCGGACAGCUGGCCAGGUACAGGGCGCUGUCGUCGGAACACUUUUCAGCACUUUUGGAACCCACCUUGGGGGUAGACAGGUCACUCAUGGCUGGUGCUGGUGCUACUGCCAUUGUCUCUGCGUCAUCAGCAUCUGCUCCGUCGGUACAUAUAUCUCUUGUCUUCAACGGAGUGUUUCUUCCGAACGACCUAGCUGAGGUUCCUAUUGUCGUGCAACUGGACCAUCUGGAUAAGGAUUAUGUUGUACUGCGGGAGGAGAUCUUCGUUAAGAAACCAUCUAACGAACUGAACGUUGGCGAAGUCCGAAGUGCCUUGUCUGGAGCUGAUCUUAGGUUACUCACCAGAGGAAAACUCGUGAUCAGUAUAAUGUCCAAAAAGGACCCUCAGGCGUUGAGACUCAGUGGCGUCGUAGGUCCCAGGGUAACCUGCGACAUGUACCAGACACUUCUGUCCAGUGAGAACCCGUCCACUGCUGCUGGUCUAGCUUGGGCUUUCUUAGACCGCACUGGAGCCUUGAGAUACGGAGUCAACCUGAUGGGUUUGGAGGAAGAGAGUCCUCUGGUUACUCUAGUGGACGAAGGUGGGAAACGUCGCCUGGAACUGGAGGAUCUGACACCGACUUUGUUCGGUAACUUUGCCAAUGGAUCAUUGGAGCGACCAGGUCCUCGUCUUCUGGAACCUCUUUUCAAGGGAGAGCUGUCAGUGGUAGCUGCCUCGCAUUUGGGUUCGCUGCUACGUGGACGUCUUGUACAGAGACCAGUCGCCGAUGCCAGAGACACUGUAGCGCCUGUUCUUCUUCGUCGCUUUGAGCAGGAACCUGUUUCGAAUGGACCCAUAGGCUUGGUCUGGGCAGCUAUCGAUCUGGACUGUGCUCUACAUUAUGAACUUGAAAUAUCAGGAUUGUCCACUGACAAACCUCUUAAACUGUAUCUCGAGACUUUACCUCUGUUGGCUCAGGGUGCACCGGUAUACAGGAGACUCCUGGAAGAGUUCACUGGGACUGUUUUGGGAGGUUCGGUUACUGGUCUGUCCCCUGUGGAGUUGUACAGGAUCGAUUCUGGUAUCGGUUUCCUUGAAGUAGACGAUAAGGAUACCGGAAGACUCCUGAAGACCUCCUUCAGGACCAGAGUACCUCUUAGCUGUUUGCCACACUAUGCCGACAAUGACGUAGCAUCCGUAGUGGCUUACAACCUUCAGCCACCCAGGUCGGAAUUCGACAUGGGCGCUUGUUUCCAUGAGACGAGGUUCUACGAGGAGGGCACCCAAUGGACGGCGAAUUUGGAUCCUUGCUCCAUGUGCCACUGUUACAGAGGAAGGGCGCAAUGCGAUCCUGUACCUUGUCCACCAUUAUCCUGUCCGACUUCGCAGCAAGUUAAGGCUGGGCCUGAACACUGCUGUCCCAUUUGUACCAGCAACAGUAACGGUACCAAGAACAUCACGUCUACUACCAAGGGCUGCACACUGGCUGGUCAAUUUCAUUUAGCAGGAGCCAGUUGGCACCCUUAUUUGCCUCCUGCAGGAUUCGACACCUGUGCCGUAUGCACUUGCGACCCAAGUACUCUAGAGGUCAAAUGCCCCAGGGUACAGUGCCCGACACUGGACUGCGACCAGAAAUUAGCAUUCAGACCAGACAAAAAAGCUUGCUGCAGGCAAUGUCCAACAGUUAUCCCAGUAACCGGUACCAUGGGAGACAUGUUACCCAGGGAUGAAGCAGCAGCGUCAACCAAGAGAUCAUCCGAGGAGAUCUUAGCCGCAGGUGGCUGCAAGUAUCCUCUGGGUGGUCCCUAUGAGAAUGGAAAGGAGUGGCAUCCUCGAGUGCAUUCCCAUGGCGAGAUGAAGUGCGUCAAGUGUCGAUGCAAGAACGGUGAGGUUAGGUGCGACAGGAAACGUUGUCCCAGGUCGUUGUGCAACAGCAUAGCCCAGCAGCUACGACGUGGCGGUUUAAUAGCGGAGACCGACGACUGCUGCACGAGUCAAUGUCGACGUGCACGUCGUCAUCAUAGGCAACAUCAGCAUCAGCACCAGCAUCACGGGAAGCACUCGGUGACUCCUCGCGAACUAAGCUGAGCCAUGAUGUUCUCCAGUCCAGACUUGCCACCAUGACAAGAUCGCUCCGCCGCGUACCAGGACGGAUCGAUCCGACUUCGGCUCGGAUGGGUCCGCAGACGUUCAUUAAUCAAUUGGCUUUAAUUAGCGAGAAGGAGAACGGAAGCCGGCGAUUCGACUGCGGCCCCGUCGGCCACUUGUAGAAAACCCACCCUUUACUCCCACCAGUAGCGACAACAGCAGGAAUAACUGAGCGAAGAGCAACGUAAACAGGAACAGUAGCAGAUCAACAAGCAGCAGUGUCGGAUCAUUUUUAAUCGAGUGGCUGAUUACGAGAUAAGGAAAAUAAAAACAUCCUAUUCGAUAUCGACCAGCAGUCAACUUCCCGUCAGUGAAAAAGAAAAAGAAGAAGAAAGAAGAGAAUGAAAAGUAAAAAUCAUCAGGACAAUUUUCUACUCUACCAAGUUACCCAUCAACCAAAGAAGACUGAAGAACCUCGACGACGACGUCUUAGGCUUUCGUCGCGACGCCCAUUCGUCCAUAUCCGUCGCGCUAACAAAACCGCGACCCGUCUCUUGUCUUCCGUCGACUAAUUACCGUUUAAUCAUCAAUCGCGAAUCGAACCUCUAAUUAACUACCGCCAUGCACCAUUGCCACUCUUCUACGUGCCUUACUCAAGGCCGGUACUCGCGAGGACAACCUUUGACCCUGGCCCGAUGCGAUUAUCACUUUUAUUUUCUUUCUCCCUCCUUUCUCUAUCCUUCACUACCCAUGGGUCCUCUCUAUUAACCUGCUUCCUUACCUUCGCCAACUUUCACUCCCACUUUCUUCCUACACCCUCGCGAAACGUUGGCCAGGAUUUUUAAAGAUUCGCACUGUACCGAUCUGUAUUAUCAAUUUUUAUUUUAUUAUUCGAGCCUAUUUAAUAAGUUUAUCACUACUCAAUGUAUUUAUUAGUAGCUCUUAAGUUCACGUAAUCGUAUAGGACGCGACAGUGUAGGUAUUAACGACCUGCGUUCGAACUACAUUCGCAAUUUGGAUGUACGCGAGGUCAGAAAUAGCGAGGGAAAGAGAGAGAGAGAGAGAGAGAGCGAGAUAAUGAAAAGUACGGGAAAUGCCAGAGAGAAAGAAAAAAUGUAUGGGAGACUAGAAGUGCGCAAAAAAAGGGAAAAUUAUCCGCGUGUAGAGUGUAAAGGGAAUUAAGAAAUGGGUCUGCAUCGUCGUCUAGUCUAAAUGAAGGAGCCGGGAAGUUCGGAUGGCCAGCAGAGAAGGUCUUCUCUCCGAGGAGGGACGACGCACGAUUGACGGUCGUUCUACAUAUAUUAUAUAUAUAUAUUUUUUCUAAAGGGUUUCUGACCUUUCUUGAUAACAUAAGUCGUAAUUGAUUGGCAGAUGAUCAAUUGCUAUAAGUGCCUUUGUCAUUCGCGCAGUCAGUCUUACUCGUCUUUGCUAGACUAGAAAAAUUGAUUAUUAAUAACUUGUACAUACAUACGCAUUAACGAUAGUUAUUAUUAUUAUUAUUGUACUAUUAAUGUUAUUUAAGCUGCCCGCACGGCCUGAGGACAUAUGAUAUUAAUGUACACGUUAGAUACGCGCACUUGUUAUGUUCUGAAUCGAUGACGUGGGGAUGACGCCGAUGACGAGGAUGAUGACUUCGAGCCGUGGGGGUAUGGCGAAAAUUUUUUUUUUAUAUGAACGCGAUAACUGUUAAGACUUUUGUAUUUUUUGUUUGCGAACGUGUAGCUAAGAGCUUGCGAGUAAUGCGUGCGAGCGAGAGAGAAUAUGAUUGGAGCGAAUGGGUGUGUGAAAGGGAAAGAGUGUGGGAAUUAUAGAAGGUAAGAAGAAGGAAGAGAGGAACAAAGAGAGAGAGAGAGAGAGAGAACGUGAGAAUAUGACAAGAGUGAGUAAAACUACACGUUGAAUCUUAAGGGAAACUGAUGCUAUUCUAUACUGUGCCAAAACGUUAUCAAUUAAACGAUUAUUAAUAUCGAAUUAUAUAUGUUAUCUACGAAACUUAGCUCAUCGUAACUGCAUUGUAUCGAGAUAAUUAAUUAAUGUACCUUGUUGAUAUUGCUAAUAAUGUAAUAAUAAAUCGUAACGGUAUCUGACGCGAGUACGCUAUUAUAUGUUAGAAGGAUGUGUAUACCGAUUUCAGUAUUUUCCAUAAAUAAAUGAAAUUUAAUGUA